GGGGUUCCAACCGUACAACCUCCAGUUUAACUAUGAAUAACCCUAAAUAAGUGGUUUAACCUGUACAAUGCUUACUGCCAACAAAAACGGGAGUUUAAGACAUGGUGCCUAGCUUCAUUCUUUAUGGACAUAUGUAAUUAAGACGCGCUAACUUAAGUACACACAGGCGGAUUCGAAGGUACAGUGGGAACAACCUCACCAUUUACAAAUUACCAUUAUUUUGGUACGCCUUAACUUCACCACUGUUUUCCCUUUGCUCCAGCUAUAAUCCUGCAUGUUGAAGCAGUGCCUGCAGUCAGAAGCACAGUAGACAGCGCCACACCAGCGUGGUGCAUAUUUUCCCGACACAGACAUACGCACUAAAGCCUGCAGUAAACACCCGAGAAAGAGUGACAGGAGACGCGAAGAGAGAUACUGUCACUGCUGCACUGUCAGCCAAGUAGUCGGGCCUCCCCCAGUAGCCGCAACACGGAUGGGGCGAUACAUUUCGGUCAAGCAUGCAAAAAAAGCACAGCGAAGCUGUGGUAUUUAGUCAGUAUCAGGCUUUUUGCCCAACGUAACCCCACCGUCUGCUUCGCUCGCCGCCGACAGAUAACCAUGGACGUUGGCUGGAAAACGUUAGAACUAAUACGGCUGGUUUCCCACCGACUAGACUUCAGCCAGGCUCCGGAAAAGCUGUUGUGAUCGUGUAAGCCUGCACUAGGGACUGCAUCAUUAGUCUGAGUUUGCUAGAGUGCUGCUACUGCUGUCUGUGUGUGAGCUGUAAAAAGACGGAAGAGCUCAAGGCGCACGCGAGACAAUCUGCCAGAGCACGGGGGGCUGAGCUGUGGCUUCACGAGCUUCUUUCUAAAAAAGUCAAGCCAGGUGCUGCUGGAAGGAGAAGCCAAGGAUGCAGGAUAAUAAAAAGAGGGUCCCCAGCGUGAGGAGCAGCGAUGCCCAUCCUACUGAGCAGAAUGAGGGACGAAAAGCAUCUUGCUUUUCUAAUAUCAAAAUUUUCUUGGUGUCUGAAUGUGCACUGAUGUUGGCUCAAGGGACUGUCGGGGCUUACUUGGUCAGUGUCCUAACAACUUUGGAAAGAAGAUUCAACUUGCAGAGUGCUGAUGUUGGAGUCAUAGCCAGCAGCUUUGAGAUUGGAAACCUAGCACUGAUUCUUUUUGUGAGUUAUUUUGGGGCAAGAGGUCACAGACCACGGUUGAUUGGUUGUGGGGGAAUAGUUAUGGCCCUUGGGGCCCUGCUAUCGGCAUUGCCAGAGUUUCUCACUCAUCAAUAUGAGUAUAAGUCUGGAGAAAUUACAUGGGGAGCUCAAGGCAGGGAUGUUUGUGCUAGUAAUGGAUCUGGCAUUGAUGAGGAACCAGAUCCUGGUAUUCUAUGUGGGAACAGGACUACAACCAACAUGAUGUACUUGCUUCUGAUUGGAGCACAAGUUCUUCUUGGAAUUGGUGCUACUCCAGUUCAACCUCUAGGUGUCUCAUAUAUUGAUGAUCACGUGAGGCGAAAAGAUUCUUCCUUAUAUAUAGGAAUUCUCUUUACAAUGUUGGUUUUUGGACCAGCUUGUGGAUUUAUCCUAGGCUCACUGUGUACCAAAUUCUACGUGGAUGCUGUAUUUAUUGACACAAGUAAGUUGGAUAUCACACCGGAUGACCCCCGCUGGAUUGGUGCGUGGUGGGGUGGGUUCCUUCUCUGCGGUGCCUUACUCUUCUUCUCGUCUCUCUUCAUGUUUGGCUUCCCACAGUCUCUGUCACCCUGGCCUGACAAGAGUGGAGAAAGUGAGCAGACAAUGCUUCCAGACAGGGAUUAUGAGCAGCCCAAGCCCAGCAAUGGCCUUCUUGGCCACAAUCUUCAAAGUCAGGAGAACUCAUCCUGUUUACAGCAGCUCAAAGUGAUUCCCACAGUAACAAAGCACCUGCUUUCAAAUCCUGUCUUCACAUGCAUUGUUCUGGCUGCCUGUAUGGAAAUAGCAGUUGUUGCAGGCUUCGCUGCAUUCUUGGGUAAAUACCUUGAACAGCAGUUUAAUCUCACCACAUCAUCAGCCAACCAGCUACUUGGUAUGACAGCCAUCCCUUGUGCCUGUCUGGGGAUUUUUAUGGGAGGACUCCUGGUAAAGAAGCUCAGUCUAUCAGCACUUGGAGCUGUUCGAAUGGCAAUGCUUGUUAACCUGAUAUCAACAGCCUGUUAUGUCUCCUUUCUUUUCCUGGGCUGUGAUACUGGACCUGUAGCUGGAGUGACAGUUCCCUAUGGAAAUGAGUCAGAUGUACUGAGCAUAAAACUGAAUCCCAUUUCCCUCUGCAAUUCUGACUGUGACUGCCUCACUGAUUCCAUUACACCUGUUUGUGGAGUGGACGGAAUUACUUAUCUCUCAUCUUGCUUCGCAGGCUGUUCCAGUUCUAACCUCACUGGCUGUGUGUGUUUGAGUUCCAUGCCAUUAGAAAAUGCCACAGCUGUCCCUGGAAGAUGUCCAAGCCCUGGUUGCCAAGAAGCCUUUCUUACUUUCUUGUGUGUGAUGUGCAUCUGCAGUUUGAUUGGCGCAAUGGCACAGACACCAUCAGUUAUCAUUCUCAUCAGGACAGUGAACUCUGAACUGAAAUCAUACGCUCUUGGAGUUCUUUUUCUCCUUCUCCGACUUCUUGGUUUUAUCCCACCUCCACUGAUUUUUGGUGCUGGAAUUGAUUCUACCUGUCUGAUGUGGAGUACUGUUUGUAAUGAACAAGGAGCAUGUAUGUUAUACGACAAUGUUGCCUACAGACACCUAUAUGUCAGCAUCGCCAUUGCACUGAAGUCCUUUGCUUUUAUACUGUAUACCACUUCUUGGCAGUGUUUGCGAAAAAACUAUAAGCGUUACAUUAAAAACAGUGAGGCUGGACUGACCACAAGUGAAUUCUUUGCCUCCACUCUUUCCUUGGACACUGUGGGUAGAGACUUAAAUCAAACACAGCCAAACAGGACAAAAUUUAUUUAUAAUCUGGAGGACCAUGAGUGGUGUGAAAAUAUGGAGUCAGUUUUAUAGUGUUUGCUCUUCUUCAAGUCAGAGAUGGACACAUAUAUAUUAUUAUUGCAACAGCCAUUUGUUUCUUUUUUAAAUAAAGCUUCACUUCAAAUUCGGCCUAUAAAAUUGAUACCAACAUUCACUUUCAAGGAGAUGACACAGAAAUAGUUGAGACUGUAAACACACAAAAAAUCCUUUUUUUAUCUGCUCAUACUAUACUUUUCUUUUUUUUUUUUUUUUCAUGUCGUCUGACAUUCAAAGUCACCCAAAGUCUAGAGCACUUAAACAUUUUUAUAGGUUACUAUCUGGUGUAAAUGUUCAUCAUAGGAAGGUGCAAUGUUCAGACAUAUUAAGAAUUUUGAUUUUCUACAAUAAAAGUCAACCUGCAAUAUUUA